CGACUGUCCCGCUCCUCUACAUCAUUCUCUCUCUGUUAACGUUUCGGUCUGUCCACACAUGAAAACGUGCUUCGACACUACUUUGCGGCGACUGGUGAUAUAUAGUUUGUGCUGUCGUUUACAGUUUAGAAGAUACAAUGCCUUUAGCUAAAGAUUUGCUUCAUCCGACCGCAGUCGAAGAACGGAGGAAACAUAAAUUAAAGCGGCUCGUCCAACACCCUAAUUCUUUUUUCAUGGACGUCAAAUGCCCGGGCUGUUAUAAGAUCACGACCGUAUUCAGUCACGCUCAAAGUGUAGUUAUAUGCACAGGAUGUUCUACGAUUUUAUGCCAACCAACUGGAGGACGAGCUAGAUUAACUGAAGGUUGUUCGUUCAGGAAGAAAGCUUAUUAAAACCAUACUCCUGUAUUUUUAUGUACAAUAUAAAAAAUGCGUUAAUAAUAAAAUCUUAACAAAAAAAAAAAAGAAUUCCGUUUUAUAAACUCAUUUUUAUUUGAUU